AUGUUCAUCGUCUCAAUACCUCGAACACUAAGGGAAGCCUGCAUGUGCAAGAGUUUUGGUUCAAGCAUUUCUGGUCCAGCUCUUCAGUGGUACACUAACCUCUCGAACAGUUCAAUCAACUCAUUUGCACAGCUCAUCGACACUUUCAUUGAGCCGCUGAGAGAGUACGUCAGCAGAUUCAACAAAGAAAAAAUCUCCAUCUCCUCUUACAACCUGGAGACAGCUGUAGACGCCUUCAGGAAGGGUCUCCUCCCGGAUGGUGAACUAUACAAAGAACUGACGAAGCUUGGUUGCACCACGAUGGAAAACACCUUGGCUAGAGCAGUGAUUCAAAUAAGGUGGGAGGAAGAUGAGAUGAAUCAGGCAAGUCAUGCCAGAUAUGACCCAAGGCGGAAUGAUAGGAAGCCAGAGCUCAGAUUGAUUGAACAUCGUCACCAACCCCCUCUACGCAAUCUGAACAAAGUCAAAAAACCAUAUGACCGCCAACCAUUUAGAACCAACAACAGACCAACUAGAUCGAGCCAAUACAAAAUCCCAAAGUACAACCUUAACAUCAAACCAACCCCGAUCGUGGCAAUCAUGAAAGGAAUGGGAUCUAGCAUUAAGUGGCCAAGGAAGCUCAAUGCCGAAGCAAGGAGGGACACGACCAAGUGGUGUGAGUUCCACUGCGACCAUAGACAUAACACCGCGAAUUGCAUUGUCUUACGGUUGGAGGUCGCCGUACUACUGAAGAGGGGACUUCUCCGAGAUCUGUUGACAGAUAAAGGGAAGAAUACCAUCAGCUAG